ACUAGUAACAUUUCGUUCUUGAUAGCCAUUUCUACCCAGAAAACAGAGAGGAUGUUGCUGAGGAAGUGUCUUCAGGUUAUUUUUCUCUUCUACAUCUCAUUGACAUUUGGAAAUGGACUUGAAUAUCUGACGUAUUUUAUAAAAGUACAACACUGUGAUCUGAAAGAUGCUAAAACAUUGAUGACACUUGAUGUGGAUGCCUUCGACUGUUCGAAGAGGUGUUUUGAAACUUCUGCAUGUAAAUCCUUCGUGAGCAGAACGAUAAGUCCAAGAUGUAUUUUAUACGAAAAUGACUCAACAGAGAAAAUUCUAACAGGGGAAAAUAAUGCCUAUUUUUAUCAGUUGAGAAGAACUGUGCCGACCAAGUAUAGAGACGGAAAAUGUCCCAUGGAUGUAGUUGACAACGCUUUUCUCCCUGGUAACAAUGAUAUUAGUGCCACGUCUGGUCAUAGUUACACGGCGUGUUUCUAUAGAUGUGAAGCAAAUCCAAAUUGUCAAUCGUUUGACUACGGUAUAAGUAGCGGACAAUGCAUUUUGUCAAGUAAAAAUCAUGAUGAUUCUUCUGUGUGGUGUGGCACAGGUGCACUUUACACUGAAAUAAGCAGAGAACUUUGGAAUAAUUUCAGUCAGUCAUAUACAUUGAAGGACAUCAGCUCCGUAGGAUGUGCUUUCGGCUCCUAUUAUUUCGUUAAUAAAAAAGAAAUUAAUGGCCAGACAGCUUAUUCAACUUUUUCCUUCAAACCAAAUCCAUAUCACAACCUUGUAAUCGAGGCUCAAAUGUAUGCCCGCUCGGUCUUGGAUUGUUCACGUUUAUGUAUGGUAUCUUCUACAUGUACCGCCUUUUCAUAUACUAACACUAAGUGUCUACUAAAGAAACUGAUCUGAACUUUAAUGGAAUUCACCCCAAAAUUAUUUACUUCUCCAUGAAAUGUGAGCAAGACUUCAACGGAUCACGUUUGCUAAUAAUAA